AUGGGCGACUUCGACAACGCCGCAAACUGGAGCGGCCAGCAGGUCGGGAGUGCCGAGGGCGACGUGCAGCGCUUUGACAACUCGGUCGACAACGCGUUCGACCGGGGCGUCCAGGACGUCGUCGAUGCGCCCGAUGACGCCGCGCGUUGGUCCGGCGACCAGGCCGGGGAUGCGGUGCAUGAUGUGAGGGAUGUCGGCCAGGAUAUCGGGGAUGGUGUCAGGGACGUCGAGAACUUUGAUCGGGGCGUCGACAACUCGUACGACCAGGGUGUGCAGCAGGGCGAGCAGCAGGGUGGGUGGUGA